UGAGUCAUUGCUCCCCUGUUUAAAACAGUCUAUGGUUCAAACUUGAAACGAAUAAACUCCUGAGCACCCCAGCUUCGCUAGCUGCUGUAACAUUUGUUUGACAUUUACAUUAUAUUUAACAAUGGAGGGAUCUGUAUCAAACGUGGAGGUCUGUAAUUUUGCUUACAUGGGACAGUUUGAGGAAUUAAAACAGUGCAUUCUGUCAGAUAAAACGCUUGCAUGCAAAACGGACCAGGACCGUAGGACCGCCCUGCACUGGGCUUGUUCUGCUGGACACACCAACAUUGUGGAGUUUCUGCUUGACCUGGGGGUUGAAGUGAAUCUGCAAGAUGACGCUUCAUGGACCCCUCUUCACAUUGCAGCAUCUGCAGGCAGAGAAGCCAUAGUACGAUCUCUGAUAUCUAAAGGAGCUCAGCUGAAUUCAGUUAAUCAAAAUGGAUGUACCCCUUUGCACUAUGCUGCCUCUAAAGACAGAUAUGAGAUUGCCCUGCUGUUGUUGGAAAACGGAGCAGACCCCAAUGUCACUGAUAAGUAUCAGUCCACUCCCCUGCACAGAGCGUCUUCCAAGGGAAACUACCGGCUCAUCCAGCUGCUUCUCAAACAGAGUGCCUCAACCAACAUCCAGGACUCACAGGGCAACACAGCACUCCACCUGGCGUGCGAUGAGGAGCGAGUGGAAGCAGCCAAAAUGCUGGUGGAACAUGGGGCCAGCAUCUACAUUGAGAACAAGGAGGAGAAGACCCCCCUCCAGCUAGCCAAGGGCGGUCUGGGCAAUCUACUUCGUAGGAUUGUGGAGGGAUGAUUUAUUUAUGGACCUACAGGUCAUGCUCCAGCUCGAAUCCCCACCAUUGCAAGUUACAUAAUGAGAAUUCUCAUCCCAGUCAGUCCUCCCCGAGCGGCCUGGUGUGACACUUUCAGAUGUGUAACAGGUGGAAGAUGAGAUGGUGUCAUGGAGAAAAGUUGGACUGCAUUGUAUCGUUGUCAGCUCCUCACAUGGGGCAGUGAACCUGCUCGGACCUUAGAUGUCUGAUCAAAAACACUCGUACAAUAAGUGCAGUCUAUCCAACACUGCCGCCUAUUUUCUUAUGAGCUUUUUCUUUUUAAGUUUGAAUCGUUGCAAAAUUGACCAAAUAAAAAGUGUUCAGCCUGAUAAGAAAGUCGA